AUGUUCCCACACGAGGCGUUGAUUAGUUCUCGUGUAGUGUGCACAUAUGUUCUGCGUUGCCUCUGUUUCUCAUCUGUGGUCGAUGUUCGCUGCGCCAUCUACGCAUUGUUUCGCGGUGCACACACGCACCCGAAUACGUCAAAUCGAAUAUUGGUCGCGAAAAUGCUCGGUGCUGAUAUUUGGAAAUCCUGGGAGAGAAGUGGAAAAUCUGAAUUCUUAAAGCAAUGCAAAGCGCUUCUGAAAGAGGACGCAAGUCCUCUGUUUGCCAAAAACGACAGGAAAUCGGGAGUUUCGCGAGCAAUAUACGAACUUGUUUCCCAUGGAAUCCGUGGUCAGAUCAAAAAGGAGCAGGUGCUCGCUAUGUUGGGUGAACUCGUCAAUCUGCACUGUGAUAUUCCAUCGAUAUUGUUGGACAUUUACGGCGUUCUGGAUGCGGAGACUGCCGGAAACAGUGGGAGUGCUAACAAUGGAAACAACGGUGGGGAAACUCCGAGCGAGGAACGAACAAUAUUUUGUUACAUAGUCAAAGAGACGGAACGGUUUUUGUCGGAGAAACUGCUAAAGGAACGGUUGGAGAUUGACACAUUGCAAGAUGUGGGAACGAUAAAGAACAGGAGUUUCUACACAAAGUUCAUCAAAGUGAAAACGAAACUUUACUACAAACAACGUCGAUUCAACUUAUUUCGCGAAGAAAGUGAAGGUUAUGCCAAAUUAAUUACGGAGUUGAACCAGGAUUUUGUCGAAUCCAUCACGGUUCAAAGCAUACUGGAGAUUAUUAAAUCGCUGAUUGGUUGCUUUAACUUGGAUCCCAACCGAGUUCUUGAUAUUAUACUGGAAUCAUUCGAGACCCGCCCAGAACACGACAAGAUUUUUAUCCCGCUUCUUCAGGCAUAUAUCAAUGAUGGGAAUAUAAUUUGCGAAGUUUUAGGCUAUAAAUAUCGGCAUUUUGCCGAGACCAAAGCUCCAGAGUCAUUGUUCAAAGUGACUGCAUUGCUGUUGCAACAUGGCGUUAUAAAGUUGGACGAUAUCUAUACUUGGCUGAGUCCCACGGAUAAACUGAUUGUCUCCGAAUGGGAAGCUGAUGUUGCAGAAGCAAAGGAGUUUGUUCGUAAGCUGAACGUUGUCUCUACCAACAAGGAUAAGGAGCAGGAACCGGAACCAGAGAGGGUGAUGACUCCGGAAAAAUAUGCUACCAAUCAAAAGUGGGGACUUUGCGAGGCACUUCUCUUGAUUGGUGAUUGGAACACAGCACAGCUGCUAUUGAAAAAGCUUCCGGAUCAAUCAGUGAUGGUAAAUGAGCAAACGGCAAGGGCUCUCUGCCGACUGUUACAUAUGAUAAUCGAGCCAGUCUAUCGCCUCAAAUGUGCACUUCCUUGCAAUAUCAAAGGACGACCAAUCAGCAAUGGACUCAGUAAAUUGGCUCCUCCUCCAGUAACAACGAUCUCCAAACUUCGCAAUCACGCAUUUCCAAUGUUUAUCGCUUUGGGACCUUCAUUACAUUACGACUCGGUGCUGCUAUACAAACUGCUUCGCCUAGUUCGUGUUAUUUUGACGGAGAUGAAUGUUGAUCCAAUGAACACACCGACUCCAGGUUCGGAGAAUGAACCAAUUUACUAUGACAUUAUUUCUUUGCUCGAUUCAGCGAUUAUGCCAGCACUUUCGUACAUGGAUUGCAAUUGUUGUGUUUCCGAGGAGGUGUGGUCCAUCGUUAAGCUUUAUCCCUACCAGUUCCGGUACAGUUUAUAUGCUCGCUGGAAAAAUGAAACCUAUCUGCUGCAGCCUAAGCUGAUACGACGUCGAGGGAAUGCUCAAAAACAAAUCAAAGCACUGAUGAAAAGAGUCAGCAAGGAGAAUAGCAAACCGGUGGGGAGAUUGAUCGGAAAGCUUAGUCACUGUUCGCCUGGGUUCCUGUUUGAUUAUAUCUUGCUGCAAAUCCAAAUCUACGACAAUCUUAUCACCCCGGUGGUAGAUUCUUUGAAAUAUCUUACCUCUCUGUCGUAUGAUGUUCUUGGCUAUUGUCUGAUCGAAUCGCUAGAACAAGUCGAUCGCAAUCCGAUGCAAAACGACGGAACGUCGAUUUCGCUCUGGUUGCAGAGUUUAGCUAAUUUCUGUGGGGCGAUCUAUAAAAAGUAUAACAUCGAACUGAGUGGACUGCUGCAGUAUGUGGCAAAUCAGCUCAAGUCGCACAAGAGCUUAGAUUUGCUAAUCUUGAAGGAAGUGGUUCAAAAGAUGACCGGAAUCGAAGCUGCUGAAGAGAUGACGAUUGAACAAAUCGGUGCAAUGUGCGGUGGAGAGUUGCUGCGAGGGGAGGCUGGCUAUUUCAGCCAGGUGCGAAACACGAAGAAAUCUUCACAACGACUGAAAGAUGCCCUAGCCAGUAACGAUUUGGCCGUUGCACUGUGUUUACUGAUUGCACAACAGAAACACUGCGUCAUUUACCGGGAAACGGCGUCCAGUCAUCUAAAGUUGGUAGGCAAGCUGUACGACCAAUGCCAGGACACGUUAGUGCAGUUCGGCACAUUCCUCGGAUCGACCUAUUCCGUAGAAGAAUACGUCGAACGUUUACCUACAAUCCACAGUAUGCUCCAAGAGUAUCACAUUCACUCGGAUGUUGCAUUCUUCCUGGCGCGCCCGAUGUUCUCCCAUGCUAUCAAUCAAAAAUACGAUCAACUUCGUAAAGCAGAUCAGAACUCGAAGAAACUGUCCACAUCGCAGAAGAUGGUCAAAUACUUAGAAGCGACUGCCUUCGUAAUGAACCCGGUAAUCGAAUCCGUCAGACCCUUGCAUCCACCCAAGGUUUGGGAAGAUAUCAGUUCCCAGUUUCUGGUCACUUUCUGGUCGCUCAGUAUGUACGAUCUGCAGGUUCCAUCCGAGAGUUAUCAGCGAGAAAUUAGCAAACUGAAGCAACUGUCCUUAUCGGUUAUGGAUUCCAAGGAGCAAAACGCCUCCAAGAAUAAAAAAGAACAGGAACGCCACGCAGCCUUGAUGGAAAAGCUACAGGAUGAGCGAAAGAAGCAGCAAGAGCAUGUCGAUAAAAUCAUUCAUCGACUAACAAGCGAAAAAGAUUCCUGGUUCCUGUCGCGCUCUGCGAAAUCCGCCAAAAAUGAAACUAUUACACAAUUUCUACAAUUGUGUCUAUUCCCGCGCUGUACAUUCACAGCCCUGGAUGCACUUUAUUGCGCCAAAUUCGUGCACACUAUCCACAGUUUGAAGACGGCCAACUUUUCCACACUACUGUGCUAUGAUCGGAUAUUCUGCGACAUUACCUACUCGGUUACAUCUUGCACCGAGAACGAAGCCACCCGGUACGGGCGCUUCCUGUGUGCCAUGCUGGAAACGGUAAUGCGUUGGCAUGCCGAUCAGAGCACCUUCAAUCGGGAAUGUUCGAACUAUCCCGGAUUCGUGACCAAGUUCCGCGUUAGCAAUCAGUUCUCGGAAGCCAACGAUCACGUAAACUACGAGAACUACCGGCAUGUGUGUCACAAGUGGCACUAUAAAAUCACCAAAGCGAUGGUGUUCUGUUUGGAUUCGAAAGAUUACAUGCAGAUUCGCAACUCGCUGAUAAUUCUGAUGCGAAUCCUGCCGCACUUCCCAGUGUUGGCUAAGCUGGCUCAAAUCAUCGAGAAGAAGGUCGAAAAAGUUCGCGAAGAGGAAAAGAAUCAGCGGCAAGAUUUGUUUGUGCUAGCUUCCAGCUACAUCGGACAGCUGAAGGCCAAGUCCGGACAAAUGAUGCGAGAAAGUGAUUUCCACCAGGUAUCGGAGAAGCCAGUUAAAACUGAAACGCUGGAAUCGAAGGCAUUGAACGGGGACAGCAAGUUGGAUCGCAAGGAGAUAAAAUCUGAGAAAAAGACUAUCGUUAAUCCCAACUUGUCGUCCAGCUUACCGACCAAGCAGCAAAACACCCUUUCCAACAGCGUGAGCAGCAUUAGCCUUAGCAGUAGUAUCGAUGUGAAAAUCGUUGAGCGCGAGAUGAAGAAAGAGACCCCGGGACGUGAAUCGCGUGCGUCUUCCAUUAGCAGUACCAAGGAGAAAUCGUCGAAGGAAAUCAAACGAGAAGAGCGGGCGCGUGAGAAAGAACGCGAACGGGAGGAAGCAGCCGCCGAGCGAAAACGUGAGAAGGACAAGGAAAAACGUCGGGAUAAAACUAAAGCCGCUUUGGCAGCCGCAGUCGCCGUGGAAUAUGAAUUGCAACUUCAACAGCAGCAGCAGCAACAACUCAACCUCGAAAGGGAGUCACGUGCCAGCGAGAGAGAACGGGAUCGCAGCGAACGGGACCUCAGUUCGGUAUCCAACUCGAGCAACGAGCAUCGACGCAGCCAAGAUCCGCCGGAACAUGACAGAGAAGUGAAACGCCGCAAACUGGAAAGUUCCAGCUCCAAGAGCAAACACGACGACAUCAGCGCCAUCAUCCAGUCAUCUUCUUCGUCCGAGUCCAAGAAGGAGCGUAGCAGCAAGGGAAAAGACAAGCGUGAUAAAACCGACGAAGAGAAGGAGCUCCGUAAAGAGCGUAAGCUCGGAAGAAAGAGGGACCGUGCCGAAGAGAUUAUGCUUGCCGAAAAGCGUCGUCGCGAAGAGGAAAAAGCUGCCAAGUUGCAUCUGCAAAACGGUGAAGACGAACUUACUCCUUCUCAUCGCGAGAAGCAUCAUCAUUUAAGAGAAAAAUCACCCCCGUAUAGCGGACGGGAUCAUCGCGAACGUUCGCAUGAUCGCAGUGAGAAGCAGUACCUCACCAAGUCUUCACGCACAAGAUCUGGAUACUAGUAGUGGUGAAGAGCAUAAGCAUUUUCCUACCGAAAGAAAAAUAACUAAUUUGAAAGUAUCGAUUAGGGAAUUCUUUACUUAGGAUUAGGACAGCUAUUGCUUCCAUUUUGUUUGAGAUGACUUAUUAAAACCGAUUAUUUCUUAUGUAGUAGUUUUGCCCUUUUUGACAACUUUUUGCUUUCAGUACAAAACUAGAUCGAUACAAUUAUUAACGAUUGAAAUAUGUUAUUUCUGGUAUUUCUUUUGUCUUAAGAAUUUACAUUAAUUAAUAAAAAAAAUGGAGGUAAUAUUAAUUGUGGGCUUUACUAAGUAGGAAUAUAUGUCAAUUUGCAGUAGUAGCGAAAGAGAACAGAAGUGUGUAAUGAUCUUUUUCAGAGAACUGUCAAAGAGGCAACAUAUACCCCUAUCCCUAAGUAUGUAAUUUCAAAAAGUUUCAGGAAAUUUGUGUAAUAGAGUAUCGGUAGUAACAUCUAUCGUAUUGAAAAUGAUUUGAAUGCCGUUGUGUUUCUAAUCAUUAGCCACCAGACACAGCGAGUUGCAUUGCAGCUGUCAGUAUAGAUGUAUUUUUUUCUUAUUUUUGUAAGAAGCAUAAAGAAUAAAAUAAUUCACUACAGUGUAA